UUGAGUGUAUGACAGAAUCAUAUACGUGCACAAUGUGACGUAAACCUGUUUUACAAACUGCACGUUGUUUACUUCCUGUCAACGUUACCUUCGCCUCCGAACUUUAUGAUCUUUCAUCCUUCGCUUUUACAGUUAGCUUUGCACAUAUUGUUAAUAGUAUUCCUGUUACAUUUUGUAUGUAGUGUUUUUUGGGGAGUUAGUGAUGAAUCCAGUACACUCAUUGUAUUGUGGCUUGUUCUACGUUGGAUGUCACGGAAUGGGAGAUGCAAGCCUCCUCUUGAAAGAACGUAAAUUUGCCCCCACGACUCCUUUCAGCAGCUUUUUCAAGCACCAUGUGUAAAAAAAGAGCCAUAGUGACCUGACGUCAGCUGAGCUGUGAAAAUCAGGCUAAUGUUGGUGCUAAACUGAGCAUCAGCUAACUAUGCUAACGGUUAUCCAAGACACGGAGGUGGCUAUCAAAACACACAACAUACAAAAACUAACGAUAAAUACUGUUAACAAUAUGUACAAAGCUAAAUGUGAAAGCGACAUGACUAAAGGAUGAAACAUCACAAAAGGUUGGAGGCGACGGUAACUUUACAGGUGUCAGGAAGUAAACAGACGUGCAACUGAAGCUGGAACAGUUAGGGGAUUCAUAGUCAAAGCAUCACACCUGUCUCAGCUGAUGUUACCUGGUGUGUUUGUGUUCAGGUGAUCCUGAUGGGUCUGGACUCGGCAGGGAAGUCGACUCUGUUGGCCCGACUGCUGACAGGACAGGUGAUGGAAACGUCUCCGACCAUCGGAUUCAACGUGGGGACUUUGGAUCUGGACAAGAAGACGUCUCUCACUGUGUGGGACGUCGGGGGACAGAAGAGCAUGAGAGCCAACUGGAGGUACUACCUGGACGACUGUAAGGCGCUGGUGUUCGUCGUCGACAGCAGCGACCCAUCUCGGCUGCCAGAGGCUCAGAAAGUUCUGAAGAAAGUUCUGAACGACGAGAAGCUGCGGGAGGUUCCUCUGAUGGUUCUGGCCAACAAGAAGGACCUGCCCAACUCCAUGACCAUCAGAGAGAUCUCCAAGCAGCUGGACCUGCACAGUUGUGUGGACCGGUUGUGGGAGGUUCAGGCCUGUAGCGCUCUGAAGGGUCUCGGCCUCCAACAGGCCUUCAUGUCUGUCAACAAGCUCAUCAAGAAGUCAUGAAGGAUUCAAACAGUUAAAAUGAACAUUUAUUAUUUAUACCAAAGCAAAAGGCACA